AAAAACAAUUAAAAAAAAAAAAUAAAAAAAAAUAAAAAAAAAUGAUUCAAAAUAAUAUUUUCUAUGAUCCAUUAUCAUUAGACUAUAGAUCAGCUGAUACAAACUAUUCAUUUCUCCUAUACUUGCUUUACAAAAUUGGCAACUUGUUCCAUAUCUAUGUAAAUGGAGAAAAGGUCAGGGUAGUAUCAGAAGACUACUCCCUAUACUCAUCAAUAAGCGGUACACUUCAAUUUAUUAUUGUUGAUCCAACAAAAAAAAGAAAAAGAAAAAUAUCCAAUGGUUUCUGGAAACAAAACGGUGACGAAAAUAUAGUAGCCGUUAAAUUACCCAAUAAUUUGAAAUGCACCAAAAAAAAUUUUACUAAAAUUGAAUAUACUAAUGAAGAUAAAAGCUUCAAAUGUUGGGAAUAUUCAAUGUUUGAAGAAAAAGAAGAAAAAGAAGAAAAUAAAGAAAAUAAAGAAAAUAAUAAAGAAAAUAAAGAAAAUGAAAAAAAAAAACAAAAAAAAUGUAUUUUAAGACAUUACUUAAAAGAUGUAUCUGCCCAAGUUAAAUAUUUCACCCAAGACAUCCAUAUUACAAUUAGAUCAAAGAACAGAUAUUUCUCAACAAAUGAAUAUUUGGUUAGCGUUGAUGACCAUCAAAUGUGAGAUCGUUUAUGACUAUGCUGUACUAGUUAAAGUAAUUCGGGUUCAGAACUAAUAUAAAAAAAAAAGUUGCGAUAAUCAACAAAAUUCUGAAAUUGAAAGAGUUUUAGAAAUUACAUUUAAAUAAAAUAAAUAAAAAUAUAAAUUAAAACUAU